AUGAGAUCGAUGCAGGAAACCCUUGUUCGAUUUGCCGAUGGCCAGAGACACUCAAAAAGGCCAAGAUAUGAUGAAUUGUCUGACUCAGACACCGACUCGAAUAAUGACGCUUUUGAAUCAGAUAGCGACACGCUGCUUAAAAAAGGAGAGAAGAGUAACUCGACACGGUAGUCGAAAGAUGAUUUGCUCGACACCAUGAUCGCAAACGAUCUGAAUGCUGACGAGCAAACCGACCAAGAUGUUUCGAAAAAGCUCGCCAAACUCGUCAAUAAGAUAUGGUCGGAGAAACUAACUUCUGAUAAACACUCAGAGAAAUUAAAGAAACAUUCCCGACCCGGGAACCUUGAGAGCUUAGUUGCUCCACGUGUAAACCCCAAAAUAUGGGCAAACAUGAGCCAUACGGCCAAAAGCGUUGAUCUCAGAGAAGCCAACACUCAGAACAUCGUUUCUAAGGUGGGCACUAUUGUUGCAAAAUGUACUGACCAUUUGUUCACGGCCCGCGAAAAAGAUGCCAAGAAAAUUGACCUUGAUGAAAUGGUUAGUUUUCAUACGGAUGCUCUGGCGUUGUUAGGCCACUCGCAAUAUGAAUUAUCACUGAAAAGAAGCGAGGCGAUAAGACCUAGCCUCAAGAGAGAAUAUGCAGCGCUUUGA